UAGGUCUGUGCAGUAAGAUAUAAAAGCCUCUGACGGUGGUUUGGUGCUUCAGAGAAACUUGUAUCAUUGAUAGAGGAGAGGAAACGUGGAGAGAUGGGCCACCUCCUCUAUUUCUCCGCUGAGACAUGGACCCUCCUGGUUGCUCUAGUAACAUUAAUCCUUCUAUAUGCCUAUUGGCCAUAUGGGAUAUUUAAAAGAAUGGGCAUCCCUGGUCCCAAACCAAUCCCUUUUUUAGGCACUAUGCUGGGAUAUAAAAAGGGAUUCUUUAGCUUUGAUGAAGAAUGCUUCAAGAAAUAUGGGAAAACAUGGGGCAUUUUUGAUGGCCGUCAGCCUGUGCUGUGUAUCACAGAUCCUGCCAUGAUAAAAACAGUUCUGAUAAAGGAGUGUUACUCUCUCUUCACCAACCGCAGAAACUUCCGUCUGAACGGGCCGUUGUACGAUGCCGUGUCCAUCGCUGAAGAUGAUCAGUGGAGGAGGAUCCGCAGUGUCCUCUCUCCCUCCUUCACCUCAGGAAGACUGAAAGAGAUGUUUGACAUAAUGAAGCGGCACUCUGCUAACCUGAUCAGCAGCAUGAAAAAGAAGGCAGACAAGGAUGAACCUUUAGAGCUGAAGGAGUUCUUUGGACCCUACAGUAUGGAUGUGGUAACCAGCACAGCUUUCAGUGUAGACAUAGACUCGCUCAACAACCCCUCAGACCCCUUUGUCACUAACAUCAAGAAGAUGCUGAAGUUUGACCUGUUCAGCCCUCUCUUCCUUGCUGUUGCCUUCUUCCCAUUCAUGGGUCCUGUAUUUGAAAAGUUGGAGUUUUCCUUUUUCCCUGCCUCUGUCACGGACUUCUUCUAUGCUGCACUAAAGAAGAUCAAGUCUAAUCGAGAGACCAGCAAGCAGACAAGUCGAGUGGAUUUCCUUCAGCUGAUGAUUGACUCCCAGAGAAAAAGGGGAGAGGAACAGGAUAAAGGUUUAAGUGAUCAUGAGAUCCUUUCUCAAGCCAUGAUUUUCAUCUUUGCUGGAUACGAAACAAGCAGCAGCUCUCUGUGUUUCCUGGCUUACAACCUGGCAAGAAAUCCUCAUGUCAUGAAACGGCUGCAGGAGGAGAUUGAUUCCACCUUCCCUAACAAGGCUCCUAUUGAAUACCAGGCACUGAUGCAGAUGGAGUAUCUAGACAGCGUCGUCAAUGAGUCCCUCCGGCUAUACCCCAUUGCUGCACGUCUGGAGCGAGUGGCCAAGUCGACUGUAGAGAUAAAUGGCCUUGUGAUUCCAAAAGAUAUGGUGGUCAUGGUCCCCACAUGGCCCCUGCACCGGGACCCUGAUCUGUGGCCCGAACCAGAGGCAUUCAAACCUGAGAGGUUCAGCAAGGAAAACAAGUACAAUAUUGAUCCCUACACAUACAUGCCUUUCGGAGCAGGGCCGAGGAACUGUAUUGGAAUGCGAUUUGCCCUGGUGAUGAUGAAACUUGCAGUGGUGGAGACCCUCCAGAGGUACAGCUUCUCUGUGUGUAAGGAGACCGAGAUCCCCUUGGAGAUGGACAUCCAGGGUCUGCUAAUGCCAAAACGACCGAUCCAACUGAAGCUGGUGCCACGCUCUGAAACCUCCAGCUAAAAAAACAAGAUGAAAGAUUCUCAUUUUAACAUUUUAAUCAUGUUGUAAACAGACCUAUCUGUAUAAAAAUCAUUUGAAUUAACAAAAUCCAAUGUCUUUUUCUAGUACAGCUGUAUGUACCUUUGUAUCAAUAUUGUUCCUAAACUGAGCAAAUGGAUCAUUUCUAAAGCCUGUGUUAACAAUAAAGCAUAGUGUGUA